CCUAAGGCCUAACCAAAGGUUUUCGGAGAACGUCCCUACGGUCUUUCUAACCUGGCAGAUGACAGCUAAAGGCCAAAGCUCUCCGGGCUACUCACGUACCUGCAGAAAACGAUCCCCUUGCGGAGGGGAGCGCGGAGGCCAAAUCACUUCUUGCCUUUACUUCCCAGCCAGACAGCGUGUUCUUACGGCCACCGGCCAAAAUGGCGGUGCCCAGCCGCCGCCUCGCGCAAGCCAUAGGACGUAAUGCGCACGCGCGGCAGAGAGCGCAAGGCGGGGCCCCGAAGAUGGAGUAUUUUUUAAAAUGACCACACCAAACAAGACACCUCCUGGUGCUGACCCUAAGCAGUUAGAAAGAACUGGAACAGUACGGGAAAUUGGGUCACAAGCUGUUUGGUCACUCUCGUCUUGCAAACCAGGAUUUGGAGUGGAUCAGUUACGAGAUGAUAACCUAGAAACUUAUUGGCAGUCAGAUGGCUCCCAGCCUCAUUUAGUGAACAUCCAAUUCAGAAGAAAAACAACAGUGAAGACAUUAUGUAUUUAUGCAGACUACAAAUCUGAUGAAAGCUAUACUCCAAGCAAGAUCUCUGUCAGAGUAGGAAAUAAUUUUCACAAUCUCCAAGAAAUUCGGCAACUUGAAUUGGUGGAACCAAGUGGCUGGAUUCAUGUUCCCUUAACUGAUAACCAUAAGAAGCCAACUCGCACAUUCAUGAUACAGAUUGCGGUACUAGCCAACCACCAAAAUGGAAGAGAUACUCACAUGAGGCAAAUUAAAAUAUACACGCCAGUAGAAGAGAGCUCCAUUGGUAAAUUUCCUAGAUGUACAACUAUUGAUUUCAUGAUGUAUCGUUCAAUAAGGUGACUUUAAGAACAAAAAUCAUUAAACAUAACUUUGUUUUAUCCUGUCACUAAAUAUUAUAUCAGGUAUCUUUAUUGGAAAUAGCAUCAAUUAUUUUACAAUUUUGUAUACAUUUAAAAGUAUUUUAUUGUAACUUUGAUAAAUAAAUAAAUUUUGUCAUAUUAUCUUUAUUUUCUUUAACAUAUAAUACAGCUCACCAAUUUUACAUUACUA